CUUAACCUUUUCCUUCUUCCAACUCAUGGCUUCUUCUUCCCUUUAUGUUAUUCUCAUCUUCCUUUCCUUCUCUCCUUUCAUCCUUAUAUCAGAAUCUCAAAAACCUUCCAAGUCAAACAGGUUUGUUUUACCAGUGCACCAAGAUAAAAAGACCAAUCUUUAUGUUGCUGACAUUUACAAGAGAACUCCUCCAUUGCAAGUCCCAUUUGUCGUGGACUUGAAUGGAAGGGUGCUAUGGGUUACUUGUAACCAAAACUACCUUUCAUCAACCUACCGUGCCCCUCGAUGCCACUCAACUCAAUGUGCUAGAGCCAGAACUCAAUACUGCCACACCUGCUCCUCCAAGGCUAGACCAGGGUGCCACAACAACACAUGUGCACUCAAGUCAGUGAACCCUGUGACACGCCUAACUGCCAUAAGUGAGCUUGCACAAGACGUGCUAUCAAUUCAAUCCACUCAAGGGUCUAACACUGGUCCCCUGAUUCGGAUACCUCAGUUCUUGUUUGCUUGUGAAUCUUCCUCUUUAUUGCAAAGAGGUUUACCAGGAAAUGUCCAGGGGGUUGCUGGACUGGGGAAUUCCCCUAUUUCUCUACCAAUACAACUUGCCUCACACUUCGGAUUUGCUGGCUUUGCUCCAACAUUUGCCUUGUGUCUAGCUCCUAAAGGGGUCGUUUUCUUUGGGGAUAGCCCUUACCAUAUGCUUCCUGAUGUUGAUAUUUCACGCCCUUUAAGGUACACUCCCCUGAUCAUUAGUCCACAAGGAGAGUACUACAUAGAAGUGAGAUCAAUCAAAAUAAAUAACAAGGAUGUUCCAAUAAACAAAACUGUGCUAUCAAUCAAUAAACGAGGCUUUGGAGGCACAAAGCUCAGCACAAUCAAUCCAUACACAGUUCUUGAGCACUCAAUCUUCAAAGCUGUCACUCAUUUUUUCACUAAUGAGCUCUCUGGUAUUCCCCAAGUAAAACCUGUAAAACCUUUUGGGGUUUGUUUUGGCUCGAAAAGUUUCAAAAGCACCAGGUUUGGACCAGGGGUUCCUAAUAUCGACCUUGUGCUCCAUAAUCAGCACGUUACAUGGAGAAUUUUCGGAGCAAACUCAAUGGUUCAAGCUGCACCAGGAGUUUCAUGCUUAGCCUUUGUUGAUGGAGGAGUGAACACUAGAGCUUCAAUUGUUAUUGGGGCUUACCAAAUGGAGAACAACCUCGUGCAGUUCGAUCUGGCUAGAUCAAGGCUGGGUUUCAGUUCCUCCCUGCUGCAUUUCAAGACUUCUUGCAAUAAUUUCAACUUCACUGCUAUUCCAUAGGGUGCAAGAGACAGUUUUCUUGAUCCUGUUCUGUAUGUAAACUUGGGUGCUGGUUAAUUCCUAGUAGGUAACCUUUGCUUGGCGUUAGUUUCCAUUUCCAACUAUGUUAUGAAUAAAACAAGAGCUAGCCUGGCCUUGUUUUUCUGUAUAUAUAUAGCAAUAAAAUGGCUAUCUCCAUAUGUUUGAGGACUAA